AUGAAAAAAACCUUUGAAAUACCGUUUUUAUUUAUUUUAUUAAUUAUUGAAUUUACUUCGGCUUUAUAUUUUCACAUAGGAGAAACCGAAAGAAAAUGUUUUAUAGAAGAAAUCCCAGAUGAAACUGCUGUAAUGGUUAAUUAUAAAGUUGAAUUGCUCGAUCCACGUAGUGGUGGUAUUAUGCCUUCAAGUGCUGGUAUUGGUAUGCAUGUUGAAGUAAGAGACCCCGAAGAUAAAACAUUAUUAUCUAGAGUAUACAGUUCUGAGGGAAGAAUUUCAUUUACAUCUCAUUCGCAUGGAGAACACGUUUUAUGUAUGUCUUCAAAUAGUACAAAAUGGUUUAGUGGAAGUCAAUUGAGAGUACAUUUGGAUAUUCAAGUCGGUGAACAUGCUGUCGAUUACAAUCACAUUGCACAAAAGGAAAAAUUAUCAGAAUUACAAUUGCGUUUAAGACAAUUAUUAGAUCAAGUUGAACAAAUUGCAAAAGAACAGGAUUAUCAAAGAUAUAGAGAAGAACGUUUUAGACAGACGAGCGAAAGCACAAAUUCAAGAGUAUUAUGGUGGUCUCUAACUCAAACAUGUAUUCUUAUUGCAAUGGGAGCCUGGCAAAUGAAACAUUUGAAAAGUUUUUUCGAAGCUAAAAAAUUGGUUUAA